CCCUCAGUGAGGCCUGAACUCAGCAGCUAGGAGCUCGAGGGCGCUUCAGAGGGCCACCCGGAUGUGGACCGACACCUGGUCUGCUUUACCGUUAACGCCGCCACGUCAGGACAAUGAGGGGGUUGUUCGCACUCGCCGCGCUGCUGGUGGCCGCUCUCGCCAAGGAGACGUUCGUAGGUCAUCAGGUGAUUCGCAUCUCUGCAAAGGAUGAAGUCCAGCUGUCCCUCAUCAAGGACCUGGAGGACAUGGUCGAGUUCGAGCUGGACUUCUGGAGGGGGGUGACGGACGUGGAGACCCCCGUGGACGUCAGGGUUCCCUUCCACAGCCUGCAGUCCUUCAAGAGUCACCUGGAGAGCCUGAACAUGGACUACCGGAUCAUGAUCGAAGACCUGCAGACGAUGCUGGACGAGGAGCAGGAGGAGAUGGAGUCCACCGCUCGCGUGGCCGAGCCCAGGAACACAGACAGCUUUGACUUCUCCAGGUACCACACCAUCAGCGAGAUCUACAGCUUCCAGGACAUGUUGGUGGCUGAGAACCCUGACCUGGUCAGCAAGAUCGUUAUCGGGCAGAGCUACGAGGGCCGUGCCCUGAAUGUGCUCAAGUUCAGCACCGGUGGAACCGGCCGACCCGCCAUCUGGAUCGACACCGGCAUCCAUUCCAGAGAGUGGGUCACUCAGGCCAGCGGCACGUGGUUCGCCAAAAAGAUUGUGAGCAAUUACGGCCGCGACCCGGCUCUCACCGCCAUCCUCAACAAGAUGGACAUCUUCGUGGAGAUCGUGACGAACCCCGAUGGCUUCUACUACUCUCACAACUCAAACCGGAUGUGGCGUAAGACCAGGAAGCCCAACCCCGGAUCCAGGUGUGCGGGAGUCGACCCAAACAGGAACUGGGAUGCUGGCUUUGGAGGACCUGGCGCCAGCAGCAACCCCUGCUCCGAGACCUACCGCGGACCCAGGGCUCACUCCGAGUCCGAGGUCCAGUCCAUUGUGAACUUCGUGAAGACCCACGGUAACAUCCAGGCCUUCGUCUCCAUCCACUCCUACUCCCAGAUGCUGCUGUACCCCUACGGUUACACCAGGACUCCAGUCAAGGACCAGACUGAGCUGCACAAUCUGGCUAAGAAGGCCAUCACGGACCUGGCCUCUCUGUACGGCACCCGGUACCGAUACGGCAGCAUCAUCAACACCAUCUAUCAAGCGAGCGGCGGCACCAUCGACUGGACCUACAACCAGGGCAUCAAGUACUCCUACACCUUCGAGCUCAGGGACACCGGCCGCUACGGCUUCAUCCUGCCGGCCAAUCAGAUCAUCCCCACCGCCACGGAGACCUGGUUGGCUCUGAUGGCGAUCAUGGACCACGCCUCCAAGAACACCUACUAAUGUGUGUGUGUGUGUGUCACCUGUGAAAUGUCAUCUUCAUCAUCGCCAUACGUCAUAACAGUAAAUAGACGAAUAAACAAGCACACUUGAAAACUUUGAUUUUAAAUCUGUUCCACGUUGUAGAUGUUUAUGCACAAUAAAUGUUAGCAUUUCACACAUCUUUUAAAACCUCUCUUUACUUUAUUAAUUAAACCAUAAAUGAUUAAAUACUUCAUAUGAAUGUUGUUCUGGCCAAGAGUGAAACUUCAUUCCUGUCUUGUUUGAUCUUAAUUAAAUAAACAAUUUAGUUGCUUUUGCGA